CAGUAUAGUAUUACACUCACCAUCAUCGUUUCCGUUUAUUCUUACAAAAACCCUCUCUAUCUCUCUCAAAACCCUUCAGCUUCGUCUCUUCUCGCUCAAAUUGCAGUUAGUUUACUAGAUGGAAGGUAAACGGUAUCUUCUAACGCCUCAAAAGCGACUGAGUGAGGGCUCUGAAGUAUGGCGAUCUAACAAGAGGACACCAGAUUCCGGUGGAGUAAGUAGUAGGGAAGUUGUUUCCAGUUCACAACCACAGAGGGUUUACAAGCUGAGAAUUCUGUUGCCGAAUGGGAUGACUGUAUUGGUGAAGAUACCUGAAGGAACGGAGUCGAUUACUGUUAGAGAGCUUGCUAACAAAGUAAAAGAGCAACAUGAUAGAGCAAUACAAGCCAAAAAAGCAUCUAGCCCUAAGAAAAGUGUUAAAUGGCAUGCUGAUUUGUGUUUUGUUGACGAUUAUGAUUAUGUUUAUAGAAAUUGCCUCAAGUUAACAAAGUUAGAGAUGAACAAAGUACACAAUCUCAGACUUGAUGAUGGGUCUCCACCGGCAACAAUCUAUGAGAACAUGUGGGAUUUAACUCCUGAUACAGAGUUGUUAAUGGAAUUACCAGAAGAAUAUACUUUUGAAACCGCAUUGGCUGAUUUGAUUGACAAUUCUUUGCAAGCGGUGUGGGCGAACGAUGAAAGUGAUGAGAGGCUAAUAAGUGUUGAAGUUUCAAAUGAGAAGAUAUCUAUUUUUGACACAGGUCCGGGUAUGGACUCUACGUCUAUAGAGAAGUGGGGGAAGAUGGGUGCUUCUCUCCACAGGACAUAUAAGACACAAGCCAUUGGUGGUAAGCCUCCAUAUUUAAAGCCUGCCUUUGGCAUGUUUGGAUAUGGUGGCUUUAUUGCAUCAAUGCAUUUAGGAAGGCGCACGGAAGUUUCAUCCAAGACCAAAAAUGGUAAAAAAGUCUAUAUGUUACGUCUUGAGAGAGAUGCUCUUGUUAAUGGUUCUGUUUCUGGUUCAAAAGCAACUUGGAGGACUUAUGGUGGCCUUCGAGACCCCACAAAUGACGAACUUGAAUUAUCUCCCGGGGGAAGUUUCACGAAGGUUGAGAUUUUCGAACCAAAGAUGAGAAGCCCCAACAUAAGGCGGCUUCAAUUCAAAUUAAAGGAUAUUUACUUCCCCUAUAUACAGUGUGAUGACUUAUCCAAGAAAGGGAGAACUAUUAUGCCUGUUGAAUUUGAGGUUAACAGAGAGGAUCUAGCAGAAAUUCCUGGCGGGGAGGUAGCAAUCACAAAUCUAGCUUCAUGCAAUGGUCCAGAAUUUGUGCUACAAAUUCAUUUUAAAUUAAAUCAUGACAAUGCUACCAUGACAAGUAGUCAAGGAACAAGAUCAUCAAAUGAGGCGAAUGCACGCCUAAGGUGUGUAUAUCUCCCUGUUAAAGAGGGCAAAGAAAGCAUUGAUAGUAUUAUUGAAACAUUGAAAGAAGACGGAUAUGAUUACAAAGAAGACUUCGAAAGUUUUAGGCAUGUGUCUUGUAGACGGUUAGGUCGUCUGCUACCAGAUGCUCGUUGGGCAUGGCUUCCGUUUAUGGAUUUCAGACUAAAAAAGAUAGACAGAUCACAAGUCUUCUUCAAGAGAAGCUGCAUGCGAGUUAAAUGUUUUAUCGAUACGGAUGCUGGUUUCAGCCCAACACCCUCUAAGACUGAUUUCGCGCACCAAAACCCUUUUACUAUUGCAUUGAGGAACUUGGGCAGCAAGGAGAAAGAUUCGGACCAUACAGAUCCAUCAACAGGCGUAGACAUUGACAUCAGAAGAGACGGAAAAUCAUUGAACCUCACACAAUUGGAUAAGCAGUACCAACUGUGGGUAAGGGAAAUGCAUGACAAAUAUGAUGAAGAAGUCGAUUCUGGAAUUGAUGAACCUGUUCUUAUAGUAAACCCUUCAAACAAAAAGGAGCUUCAUAUAACCAGUGACGUUGUGAGGAUUCAUAAAGCUUUUAGGCGGAAAGGAAAAACUUGGAAAUCUGGGCAGAAAAUCAAAAUUCUCAAGGGAGCAUGUGCUGGAUUCCACAAGAACAAUGUGUAUGCCACAUUAGAAUACAUCCUCCUUGAAGGAUUUCAAGGGGAUGCUGGUGGGGAUGCGUGGAUAAUUUGCAGGACAAUUGACAUCUCAGAAAAAGAUGGCUCGCUACUUGAAUCGGUUGAAGAAAAUCCAAAAUUUGCUUUGAGAAAAUCCGUAUCAAUACCGAUAAAUGUCAUUGAUUCUGGAAAGUGUUUGGCAAUGGAUGAUUCUGAAUGGAAUAACCAACUGGAGAAGCAACAGCAGAAGUGCCCUUCCUCAAUUGAGAUCUUAAAUGCAAGGCAAUGUCGUGAGUUGGGAAUAGAAUCGUCAUUACCUGAUGGACCUGAAACUUAUGCAAAGGAUGUAUCAUCAUUUGAAAUCGUUGCCGUGGUGCGUCCCUCUACUUAUAAAUCUGGGACUCCCUCCAAACAUUUGGAACAGAAAUAUAUGAUGAAAGAUAAGUUUGAGAUGUCACUAGUCAUUGCAUAUUGUCCAAACAAGAAGCUUCAGGAUGCAAAGAAUAUCUAUUCUGGACGUGUAGAACCUACAUCAUUAAAAGACUUACAUGGCUUGUAUGUAUUCAAACCAAGAUGCAAGUUACAUCCUCUGUUUCAGCAAGUUGGCAUUUAUAUAUUCACCUUUUCUAUUAGAGAUUCAACUUGUGAGAAAUGUGUGGUGAAGGUCCAAGUGAAAGCAUCACGCGAAGUCCACAAAUGGGCACUUUCCAAGAAGAUUUCUCAUCAUAAUUUAACGGUGGGUUGUCCAUGCAAUCCCAUUUCGGUAUCAAUGUUUGAUAAAUACGAUAAUCGAAUUCCGUUCUUGGAACUUCCGAAUAUAUCAAUCAAGAUCAACUGCCCAAACAGUACUAGGAUUAUCAUUAAUCAUUGCAGCCCAUCUAUAUCAAUAGAUAAGUUAGGCCUAGUAAUCGAGGAUUUGGUUAUUGAGAGCUCUGAUUUGGACAACAUUCGACCAAGUUAUGAUGCCACUAUGGUGUUAUCUCUGCCUGAGAACUCACACUUAGAUAUCCCCAUCAAAGUUCUUCCCGGAUCUGUACAAGAUUUCACAGUGCAACCAGAAAACUUUGAGAAGCAACUGAUUCCAGGCACUAUAAUUAAGGAUUUGAAUUUGGAGUUAUUUGAUGCAUACGGGAAUCAUGUACAAGAAAACGAAAAGGUGGGGUUUAGUGUGGAUGGCUUUUGUUGGUUGGAUAGAUCCUUUUCUAGUAAGAAAGUAGAUGCUUUUGGGUGCAUUGAUCUUUGUGGCCUGUUAAGAGUAACUGGAGGCUAUGGAAGAAACGUAUCGCUGUCCAUCUGUUCGAAUAAAGAAUCUAUUAGCAGAGUGUGGCAGAUCGAGAAAAGGCAGCUGAGGAUUUCAUCACAGAUACCCGAAAGCUGUUUCGCUGGUUCCCAACUUGAACACUUGGAGUUUGAAGUUGUGAAUUCCAAGGGUGAAGUGGAUGUAAACUUUCAUGAUGAAGAUGAGACUGGACAAUCACAUACUCUUGUGAUCAAAUCACAAUCACAGUUUAUGGAUAUUGAAGAUUCUGUCAAAUAUGUGUUUCGACAAGGCCGGUGCUUAGUUCGUGCAGUUCCUGUUCCUUUAGAGACAGGGGAGUUUACUUUUGUUGCUGCUCACUCCGGUUGCCCUGAUUUACAGUUGACCCUUAAGGUUCUCAUUGAACCUCAUUCGGAGAUGGAGCCUCAGCCUCUGAAUAUAAGACACAGUUUAAAUGCCAUCUCAUUUAUGGAAUCAGAGACACCUAUUACUUCUAAGAGUCCCCAACAAUUUACUCCAGAGAAAAUGGAUAUAUGCUAUGCUGAGUCAAGGCUACUAGAAACUGACAGAGAAUCAUUUAGGGAAUUUCGAAAGGACCUUGAAGAUGACAUUCAUGAAAUCGGUUUGCGGAUUGGGAAAGUUGAAGCAGAAAUUAGAUGGCUGGAAGAUGAGCAAAGACAAAUUGAGGUCAACCUGUCAGAACUUGAAGGUAUCAGGGACCAAAUUCUUGGUAUUGACUCAUAUGGUUCACUGGGGAAAAAUAGAAUACUAACACGGGUUGAAUCUAAGUCUGAUUGUGCUGCUUCUCUAGUCAUGAAACACCUGAAAGGAAUGCGAGAUCAAGAUCGGUGUGGUUUGAUGGGAAAUAUCAUCGGGAUUGUUGCACUUCUAGGAACAACUCCCACUUUUGAGCUUAGCAGGCUAUUUUCUGAGUAUCUUGGAGAUCAAAUGCUUGCAGUGGUAUGCAAACAUUAUGAGGACGUGCGGUUACUUGAGAGCUAUCAGAAGAACGGAAAGUUAAAUCCAGAUUUUGCGCUUCACAUGUUUGCAAGAAAACUUGGUCAGUCGAUAAAUGGUCGCUAUCUUGUUCUGUGCAUUGAAGACAUAAGGGCAUGCGAGGUAGAUAAAGAUGUUGAGGGAAAGCUUUUGUUUCCUGAUCCUACACUUCCUAACGGAUCCACACCGGCAGGCUUUUUGGGGUAUGCUGUAAACAUGAUAAAUAUAGAUGCUGAUCACUCGGACACCAAAACAGACUCUGGUUGUGGCCUUCGAGAGACAUUGUUUUAUCGUCUUUUUGGUGAUACUCAAGUUUAUGAAACCAGAGACGACAUGAAACGUGCAAUAUCAUGCAUAAAAGACGGCGCGAUUUCCAUGGAUGGUGGGAUUUUAAGAGGCAAUGGCGCCGUUUCUCUAGGAUGCUUGGAACCAGACAUUGUUUUCCCUGUAGUACCCGCAAAAAAUCGACUCUCUGAGAGUGACAUGCGAUUGCUGAAACGUUAUAGGGAACUGAAGUUGGAACUUAAAGAAACUAUUGCUAUGUUGGUUAAAAAGAAUAAAUCUCGUGAGAGUGAUUUGAAAAGGUUCAAAGAGAGACGUGAUUUAUAUGCCAGGUACUUCACUCCGCGUGAUUUAGAGACGUGUUUGUAGGAGAUCACCGUUAUUACACAAGCUAACUUUAUAUAACUCUACUCGCCAUUUUGAUAUGUAUCUAGUAAACAAACUUUAAAUGAAGUUUUUAGGGGUAUUAGCAAGUUUCCUAGCCAACUAUGACAUCUGGCAGAAAUGUAUAUAAUGUGUACAUAGUAUAUUCAAUCAAUAUAAUGGUAUGUUUUCCUUUUAUA